AUGCUGCCAUUUACUUGUCAUGGUGAAAAGUGGCUCUAUCUUGUACGUAAACGUCAAGCUUUUAUCGUGCCAACAGACUUGAAAGGAGAAGAAUAUCAAUCACUUGUACAUCAAGUAUCAAGACAAUUCUAUCAAGGAUCAGGGACAGAUUUGGAACAAAAACGAGCUCUUGAUCGGGAUGUUGAUCGGACGUUUGAGCAGCUACAGACACGAAUUAUGAGCUCGAAACGAUCUAAUUAUUUUUUACUCAAGUCACAGUCUUUACCGACUGAAUUCAUGACGUGGAAAUCCAGAUCACAUCAACUACUGAGUAUUUUCUUGUUGCUGAAACCUCAAAUUGGAUACUGCCAGGGUAUGACGUCAAUGGCAGCCGUACUCGUCCAAGAGUCCAAGAUGAGUGGCGAGAUUGCGUUUCGAUUGUUUCUGGCCUUAACGGAAAAGUACAGACUGGAUGAUGUCUAUGGCCCUGACAUGAAAGAUAUGAACCUUCGCUAUUUUCAGCUUGAUGAAGCACUAAGACUGCACCUACCACGUCUGCAUGCCCAUCUGUCAGACCAUGAUAUUCAUCCGUCGACCUAUGCAUCUUCAUGGAUUCUGACAUUGUUCACCGAGUGUAAGAUAUUCCCUCACCGCUAUGUGAUCGCUUUUCUAGAAUUGUUCUUUGAGUUUGGUUGGCAAGUAUUUUUCCAGACUUGUUUAGCUAUCUUCAGUACCAUUGAGGCUCCAUUGUUGCGCAAGUCAACAUCCGAGGCAAUUUUUACUUACUUAUCCGAGGUCACGUGGUUCUAUCGACACAAGACCGAUAACGACCUCGACCGAUUCUUUGCAAAUGCAAGGACGUUCAAUAUUUCAAGCUCUUUUCUGGACGUGUUGCAAGGCGAAUACUCGACCGAAGCGAGCAUGAGCAUGAACGAGUAUGACUAA